AUGCAUCUGGCUGCGCUCUGUGUCUUCAGGCUUGUUAAGGAGGAGCGUGAGACUGAAAUGUGUACACAGCGCUCACCACGUCUCCGUCAGAGCCGUCUUUUUCAUCUGGGCUCCGACAGGGAUACUCACACGCCUGAGGCCUUUGGCCGAGGCUGCAUGAGGGAAGGGGAAUUUAGGAGUUUUUUUCUAGAAAUUUUAGGCGAUAAGGAAGGAAGCUCAGAUCUGCAGGUGUGCCAGCCGAAAGGCCUGACCUGCUGUUCUCGCAAAAUGGAGGAGCGCUACUUGCUCAUUGCCAAACAGAAUUUGGAGUCCAGUCUCCAGGCCACCAGCGCCCAGCUCAAAGUUCUCAUCAUUCAGAAUGCCGCCCUCUUUCAAGAGGCUUUUGACAUGGUCCUCCGUCUGGGUCGUAAUUCCACUCUGACGCUGUUACGGGAGGAGUUUCCCGGUUUGGGGGCCGGAGCCAGCGGAGCCGUCACACAGUUAUUCCUAGAAAUGUCCCUCUACAUCCUGGGCUCGGAUGCUAACGUAAACGACAUGGUCUCUACCUUCUUCUCCCGCCUUUUUCCUUUCACCUACCGGCGUCUGCUUGGAAACGGGGCGGUGACGGGCAUCUCGGAAGAAUGCCUCCGUGGGGCCUGGAGGGGAACCUCUGCGUUCGGGUCGUUUCCCAAGAUGAUGAUGACCCGGCUGUCUCGCUCGCUCCUGGCCACUCGGGUCUUCCUGCAAGCGCUGAACCUGGGCAUCGAAGUGGUCAACACCACCCAGCACCUGCGUGCGGGCAGGGACUGCGGCCGCUCGCUGCUGAAGCUCUGGUACUGCCCGCACUGUCAAGGCCUGCUGGAGGCCCGGCCGUGCCGCUCACUGUGUGUCAGCACCAUGGGGGCGUGUCUGGGGGGAGCGGCGGAGGUGCAGCCUCACUGGAGGGCGUACGUGGAGGAACUGGGGUCACUCGCCGCUGCCAUGAAGGGGGAGCAGGACAUCGAGGCCGUGGUGCUCAGACUGCACGUCAUCAUCAGACAGGCUUUCAAACAAGCCGUGGCGGCCAAAAGCAAAGUCAGCGCACAGGUGAGCGGGAUAUGUGCACAUGCACCCCCGCGGUCGUCUCGUGCCGCGGCGCUGUCGGCAGAACAUGCAGCUGCCUCGCCGGUGCCCCACAAUCGUCCUACGGUGAACUUUGACCCCGAUGAGACCCUCUUUGGACGCCGCAGGGAGUUUAUCUCGGGUCUGAGGGGCUUCAGUCAGUUCUACAGUGGCCUCGGAGAAGCUCUGUGCAGCAAAGAGCCGACGGCACUCAACAGCUCCCUCUGCUGGAACGGACAGGAGAUGACAGACAAGUAA